AGAAACAGCAGGUUUCUGCUGAAUGGGGACUGAGGGGUCAUAAGAUGGCGUAGAACGCCACCACUUCAGGUAACCAUUGAGGCGCUGUUCAUUUCUCUCAUCCUCGCGAGACAGACAAGUGGUGGUCAUGUUCCUGGUUUUCUCUAAACAACCCUAGAUUUCUCAUGCACGUUCCCACUUUCUCUGGCCAAUUUCCACCUUCCCAGGCAAUAAGUUGUUCCUCACUUUCUUCUCGUGUCCUUCUCAAUGGUGAAACGCAAAAAGCCCCGUAGCUUUCCAAGGCUCGUUUUGGGGAAUUAGAAAGCAGGUAUUCUUUCUUAACAGCGCUUUCUUAACUCCCUUCAGGUUAUUGUUCCAUAUUUUGUGUUCUAUACUCGUCGUUUCCGUGCUCUCUUCAGGAUGUGUCCAACGCUCGGGUGUCCAGCUGCACGUCAAGGACAUCCCUGGCUCCCAGGGGCAGGUCCCAGGCCGCAGGCCGACCUCCUGGCCUGGACCCCAGCCUGGCAGGCGUGGCUCCUGUCAGCGUGGAGCAGCCAUCUCACGUCAGCAUUGUCUCACCGCAGCCAGGAGACCUCUGGCGGUGCUGACAUCAGGGGCACCUCGACACCCUUGUGAUGCCACCACACAGUCACUGUCGCCCUACGGCCUCACAAAAGGUGGCUGGCUAUAAGAGCCCUGAGCGGCGCGCCUGCGGCCAGUCCGGCUGGUGGUACUCGAGAGCUCGACGUGCCAUUGCUGGAAGGAGCGAGGCGGAGGUGUUGCACGAGGCACACGCAAAGCCAUUCUUUUUGCACACUAGCCAUCGAGGUUCUUCGGUAAUGUCAUCAAAUAUAUCUACGUAUAUGUACCUCAUCUGUCCUAAGUAGGGUCUUGCCCACUGUAACCUAUCAUAUUUGCCAUUUUAAUAGCAAUGUUUGUAAUCCAUACUAAGAAUAUUUAGUGCUAUAGUACUACAGACAACUUUGUUGAACCUAGAAAGCUAACGUAUAUUUGCUGCUGGAAUAUUUUCUUCUUGGUUCUCUCUGUAGUAGUCCUGCUGGUGGCACGCGAGGCGUCGAGGUGAAGCCAGCGAGACACGAAGCGUCGACGUCCUGCCGGCGACCCGCAGCGGAAGUGCUGAGGACCAGAGGCUGCUGAUAACCACCUGGCCCCGGGGCAGCCUACCACAGGGGACAACCAACUCCACAGCGCGGCAGCUGCAGGCACCAUGAACCAUCAGGAGCAGCCAGAGGAGGAGGCCCCUGGGGACGAGACGUGCCCCAUCUGCCUGGGCCGGCUGUCCAGCACGGCUCGUGUGGACCCCUGCAGGCACUCCUUCUGCCUGGGGUGCAUCCUGCCCUGGGCCACUCGAAGAGCCACCUGCCCACUGUGCCGCGGGCGUAUUGGGACCAUCGCACUCGUGGUGCCGCCCGCCCAGCACGACGCCUCGCCCCGCCGGGGAUUGCAGCGCAACGCGGGGCUGGAGCGGCAGCAGCAGCAGCAGCAGCGGCAGAGGAGCCCCUCCAGCUACCGCUCGCGCAGCGUCUCGCCACGGCGCAGGGAGCGCAGCCCCGCCGAAGCACGACGGCUCGUCCGCAGCCGCUCCUGGCACUCGGAGCAGGACGGGCACAGGCUGCCACGGUCCCUGCAGUACCCCGACGCCGAGGACAUAGCCGAGUACAUCGCCUGGCUACGUCGGGUCCAACUGGAGGAGCCGGGGUCUGGCGACCACGCGGGCCGCCACGCCAGGCCCCGCAACUGAGCAGCGACCGGGCCUCACCUGGGGACGGGCUGGGGGUGGCAGCCACAAUUACCCCAGGAAUAAAUUAUGACUUUUCCACCCUGCAAAGCCUCUGCCUCCACUUCUUCCUGCAUAGGUCAGCGGGGGGGCUGAACGCAGCCCUCUCCCGCUGUCCGCGCCGCCAAGUGGGUUGGGGACGACUGCUGUUGAUGGGGAAUGGCUGCGGGUGGCGGGUCCCCAAGUGAGGCUGGGGGAUGAGAAGCCAUUUGGGAGCCACAAAGGUGACCUGGCCCAACUGGGGAAAAGGCAAAAAGCAGAAGAGGAGCAAAAGGCUCCUAAAACCUGGCAGCAGAGAAUGCCUGCCAGCCGGGGAACCGGGCCUGGGAACCUGCAGCGGCCUUGGAAGGCGCUGCUGGCCUCCUACAAGUGCAGCCUAAGGGUACCUAAGAACCUGAGACUUCCUGGAUGCAUUCCUGUUUGACAUGAUUUAGGUGUUCCUGCUCCGGCAGGGGGAUUGGACUAGAUGAUCUUUCAAGGUGCCUUCCAAUCCCUAACGUUCUGUCAUUGUGUGACUGUGCAUCACUGCACAUUCAUCCUGGCCAGAGAAGGCUCAGGGGGAUCUUAGCAACGUCUAGACACCCCCAAAGGGAGGAUGCAAAGAAGACGGAGCCAGGCUCUUGUCAGCAGUGCCCAGCAGGCGUCCAGCUCUAGGUGUCCCUGCUUGGGCAGGACGGGGUUGGAGCAGAUGACCUCCAGAGGUCCCUUCCAUCCCCAACCCUUCUGGGAGCUUCCUGCUGGGUAAAAAACAGGCCCUUUUGAUACCACGCAGGGUUCAUAGGAUGGCGUAGAACGCCACCACUUCAGGUAACCAUUGAGGCGCUGUUCAUUUCUCUCAUCCUCGCGAGACAGACAAGAGGUGGUCAUGUUCCUGGUUUUCUCUAAACAACCCUAGAUUUCUCAUGCACGUUCCCACUUUCUCUGGCCAAUUUCCACCUUCCCAGGCAAUAAGUUGUUCCUCACUUUCUUCUCGUGUCCUUCUCAAUGGUGAAACGCAAAAAGCCCCGUAGCUUUCCAAGGCUCGUUUUGGGGAAUUAGAAAGCAGGUAUUCUUUCUUAACAGCGCUUUCUUAA